GCGGACGCGUUCAAUUGUUAGUAUCAUUCUAACCAUGCUAUAGGAAAGCUAUUAAAACUUAUUCACGGAACCGAAAACACGCUGUCCACGAUGAGGAACCCGCGCCGAAGCGCAGGCGCGUUGAGUCCACCACGGCGCCUGCACCAGCAAAAGCAGCACCUCCAAAGCACUCGAUAGAGAACUACUUCUUCAAGAUACAGAGACCUCCGCCCGCUCUAUUUUCCAGCCCCAAGUCUUCCCCGGAUAUCUUCUCGGACGAGGUCGCAAUUCCAUCCACCCCACCCUCAUCUCCUCCCAAAGCAACGUCGCCAGUCCUUCAAGCGCGAAAGCCACUGUUCUCUUUCCUUGGCAAGAAGGCAGCGCACACCAAACAGCCACUCGGGGAGACAAGUCACAAUGUCCAGACGGCAGCUCCACAAACGGAAAUUCCAGCAGCAAAGAAGAAGCGCCUUGCUCAAAUGCAGAUUGACCUUGGGGGCGAGACGAGCAAAAGCUGCAAUGUUUGUGGCAUGAACUACAUCCCCUCGAACGCGGAGGACGCGAUCUUGCACAGGAAAUACCACGCCAUGAACACUGGAGGCGUAGAUCUGAGGAAAUCAUCUAUGGAAACUUUGAAGAAGAGAAAGGUGUGGGCGGGAGAUGAUGGCAGCUUCAUUGCUGUGAUACACAGAAAGGACACACUGGCUUUCCGGAACAAGGCAACGCAGGUACUGGAGGUUGUCAACACGGAGCUCGGAGCAGUGACAAUCGAAGACGAGAAGCUAUGGAGCCAGGUUAUUGACACAAGCGAAUCGUCGAAGGAAUCGGACGACGAAUCGACCGAAGUGGAGAAACGGGCGCGCUCCAGCAGUGAUCGUUUCAAGGUCUACCUGUACAUUCGGGGCCAGAAAUGUAUUGGCGCAUGUUUGGCCGAGAGAAUCCAGAAGGCUUACGCGGUUCUGGCGCCGGAGGAUCCGAUCGAAGAACUUCUAUCGGACUCGAGCUCUCCGAUUUCGAUCAGCCAAACGGCCGACAAUGCAAUGCUGGGCAUCUCUCGAAUCUGGACGUCCAACAUGCACCGCAAAGCCGGCAUUGCGACCGCUCUCUUGGACUCCGCGACCUCGGACUUUCUCUACGGGAUGUGGGUACCCAAGGAUCUGGUGGCCUUCAGUCAGCCAACGGAUAGCGGUGGUCAAUUGGCGCGAAAGUGGUUCGGGGUUCAGGCUGGAUGGCACGUCUAUGUCGAAUGAUGUUCUGGCUAGAGUCCUAGCAGCUAUCAGGUGUUAGUGUCGCGUGGGACUAGGUAUCUGUGGACCCUGAUGGACGGACUGUCAAACAUGGCUGUUAGCAUAUACCUCCCGAUAUCCAGACAACAAUGCCAG